GCGGGCAUAAGAGUGGAGUAUAAAACAUGGCAAACAACUUUUUAUAAAUUUCUUUCAAGUCGAAAAAACAAAUAAAGAAAAUAAUGUCUUCAUUUUGAAAUUUAAUUUUUCGACUCUAUAUUUAGUACUUGUGUGAAAGAAAUUUAGCGAUAAGUCGGUGGAUAACAUUUGCUCGGAGGAAGGCUUUAUACUAAAUAAUCGAUUUGACUGACCGAGAAAGAUCAUCUCGAACUUUGACCCGUUUCUCUUUACCUUUGGGAGGAUCUUUUUCAAAAUGGAGCCCAUUAUUUGUGAAUAUUUAUAGGUUAAAACUGUAAAGAUGAACAACCGAUCUCCCUUCAUUCCCAAUAUCCCCACCCCCCAAGGUCACUGGAGUGACCCCCAACUCUUCGGUAACCCUAACCCGUCGUCAUCAUCAUCGUCAAAUCAAUCGAACGGACAACAAGUCCCAUUCACAGCUCAUCAGCAAAUGCAGCUUUCCUCAUCAUCUUCAUCGUCAUCUCACCAACACCAUCAAUCUUCGUCACAGCCACAAUUUUACAAUUUUAUUAAUACGACCUCCCCGUCGGCAAUGAAUACACCGGGCAGUAUUUUCACCUCGGACCCUUGGGCUACAGCGAAUCUAAAUGUGACCUCCCUCUCAAACCAGGUCAACUAUUCCUACCAUCAACUCAAUCAACAAGCCAACAACUAUCAGCAACAGUUGCAACAACAACAGGUCCAAGUUAUGCAAAAUAUUGUGAAUCAGACACCACGAGGGAUGCAAUUGACCCUUGAUACGCCACAUUUUGUUCACUUUCCCGUAAAUCUGUCGCCUCCGGGAGGAUUAUUUUCGACCGGGCAGACGAAUAAUAGUAACAACUCUCAGCGGAGUAGCUCGAGUGGGUCUUCGAGGCCAAGUAAUAUAUUUCAUGGCGAGAGUCCCCCACCAUCUCCAGGAUUGGAUUCCAGAUCCAUGGAGUCGAUUUAUGCUAAUCAGCAAACAGUUUCAAGAUCAUCUACUGGUGGAAGUAGCAGCAAUAAUAAUCACCACCAGACUUCGAACAUGAUGAAUGCAACGUAUCUGCCCUUUUUAAACUUAAACUCACGCCUCCCAUCCAUGCCCUACCCGUCCUCGACAUCCCCGGCGGCAUCCCCAUCUCCUUCAUCAAACAUGUCCCCCUAUUCCGGAGGAUCUUCUUCCCCCAGCCCAACGCCACAGUUGCAACAAAUUAAUUCCAUCUCUUCUGGAAAUAUGGGAAGGUCACAACAGACUGGCCAGCAACAGCAACAAUCGUCGUCAUCAUUUCAUUCAAGUGGUGGAAAUAAUACGUCAACUUUCAAUCAGACCUCACCUGGAAGUAGUGGUGGCGGUGGAGGCGGCGGUGGUGGACGGAUAAGUAAUAGUUCCAGAUUGCCACAAAAUUCUCCAUCACCCGCACCCUCCCCUCUCCCUUCAAUGAUAAUUGGUGGACACCAAUAUUUUAGCUCGUCGCGAACCCCACAAGCCCCACAACUCCACCAACUUCAAACUCCACCAGCGGCUCAUAUGUUGUCCAGACAAGUAAUACCCACGCCUGGAGCGUACGUUCCCCUUCCUUCGCCAAAUUCACGAUCCCCUGUUCACCAUCAGCAACAGCAACAGCAACAACACGCUCAACAAAAUAUUCAUUCUCAUCACCAACAACAAAUUGGAAAUCAAAUCCAACAGCAGCCAAAGGCACAAAGCCCACCUCCACCAAAGCCCAAGAAACCACGCGCCCCGAGAAAAAAGAAGGAACCACCAAAGAAACCUCUCGCGAUACCAGGAAGCACAAUCCCUCCACCUGCAUCCUCUCCCAUGAUGGCGAGUCACCUCAGCAUGCCAAACUUGACUAACUCUUGGGGACAUGUGUUGGAUCUCCCUCCCUUUCCGGCACAUUUGGCCGCCUUAGCUCAACACCAACAGCAGCAGCACCAAAAACAUCAAGCUGCUUCGCGAAUGAUGACUCCAACUCCUAAUAAUAUGAGGCAAAAUUUAGGUCAAUCUGGGAACUAUGUACCGAUUCAACAGCAGCAACAGCAGCAGCAACAACAACAACAGCAGCAGCAGCAACAACAACCUCCUCCUCCUCAGCAGCCUCCUCCUGUGAUGAACAUUAGAUUUACUCCACCCAUCGGAGAAUAUCCGAAACCACCGAAUUCUACGAGCUUGCCACAAUCCGUUAUACGAACCACGUCCGUGAUACAUCAGACUCAGCCUAGUUUUGUCUCGUCAGCAGCGCACCGUCAAUCUACUCCGGUCACAGUGACGGCUUCACCACAAAGAGCGCCUCAGCGAAGAACGUCAUCACAGCCUCAAGCUAAAAAUGUCCCCACCACCACCACCCUUACUGCCAGUACUGCUGUCAGUAAUACUACGACUACGUCAGCAGCCUCGAAACAAUUGUCUAUGUUGGACUAUGCGAUGGAGAAAGCGGGCAUCCCCUCCAGUGUGAAUCAGAUCAAGGCGGAACUAUUUAGUGGAGAGGAGGACGCCGAAAUUAUGCGACUCGUCAGCGAGUUACCCGAUCAGGCGGGUAGUGAAGCUGGUAUCCGCCCCAGCGGAGAUUUUGAUCUCGAAUCGGAACUGAAUCGCUUCUACAGUCCACCAUCGCCAGGGAAAGAUCAAGCGAAUAAGUCAAUUUCUGUGACAUCAGCGACGCCCACUACUGGGACAGCUAGUCAAACUAAAACUACAACAACUACUACAACGACGACGACUACGAGUCAGUCAUCUACGAGUAGUUCAGCCAAGCCAGCAACAAAACCACCCCAGUUUUCUGACGAUGACGACUGCGAAGUCAUCCUUGUAAUGCUGAAUAAUAAGAAGAGGAAGCCGCCUCCUCAAAGGAGGCCACCCCCUAACAAAAGAGCAGUUGCUGGUCAAGGACCUCGUGGCCAAGCUCCUCUCCCUGGUCGACCAAACGUUACAGUGGCCGUGUCCCCAAAUACAAAUGCGUUACGACAUGCUGCCCCCAACACUCGAAGAAAUGCUGCAGCACAGGAACCCAAAGGAAAAGAUCCCAUGGUGCGAGCUGCAUAUCCCAAUGGCAGAGUUGUUGCUGUAGCUCCAAAAACUACGGUGUUAAUUCCACCCCUUCGUCGAGGAGGAAAUGCGAAUGCAGACAAAAAGCCCAACACAAAGACUACUGCACGCAAGAGUACGGCACCAAUCCCACAACCUCGUAGUGGGCCUGCUCCUCCUCCAAUUGUUGUUGCUACCGGGAAGCGUGGUGCUCCAAGCACGAAUAGUAGACAACGCUCGAAACGGGGCCUGGACGAGUUUGAAAUCUACCCCAUUAGUGAUCCAGAACCGGAAAAGAAAUUGACCCGACAAGCAGCAAGGGCCCUUCUUGAACGGGGAAUCAAACAGGAAUUAGACAGUUUAACCCUAAACUCACCAACGACCAGCUCAUCUUCUGCCCAGUCCGUGACAAAACGUAAAUCUUCAACGGAUAAGCCACCCAUAAAGAUGAAGUUGAAUUUGAAAGAUGGCACAGCGAAAAAUGUGACUGCUUCAUCUCCAUCUUCAUCUCCUCCAAAGCGCCCUGGCCCCAAGAGCAAGACAAAAGCAGCUGCUGUACCGCAAGCACAGAGUAAAACCAACCCAGACGAAGAUGACUUGGUAAUAUUAGACGAAUUUCUUGCUGAUUCGGACGACUCAUACGAUCCUGACGGGGAGCGAGAUGAAGCGUCUUCAGAAAGUGAUACUGAACCUGAACACGAUGACGAUGAUGAUGACGCACCCGUGACGCGAAAAAAGCGAUCAAGCCCAGCCAAACGGUUGAAAGGUAUUGACCUAGACGAGGAAGAGACGCCAAUAUCAAAAUCAGUGGAAAAAGUAGUCAGCAAAGAGGAUGAUGGAGCUCUGCCCAUUCCUCCACCGCAUGACGAAGACGAUAACGAAAUGAUCUCUGCCCCAUUCGAUGAUGGCUAUGAUUCUCCUACCAGUUCCUUCUCACCGCCAUCCCCUCCAUUCAAAAACAUUGUGUUGGAACCGGAAAUGGAUAUUCAAGAAAAAAUAUCACAGCCUCCUCCCUCCUUCACCGAGACUGAAAUAUCAGACCAAAACUCCUCAAAUCCUGUCAAUGAUCACGAGUCAAGUGAUGAGGACGGCGACGACGACGAUGACUCGACCGUUGCCACCCCCAAGUUUGAGAUGCCCAAACCCGCAGUGAUUCUCAAGGGGACGAAGGAGGACGCAGACAAAGCUGUGAAUAACAUGAGAGAAACGCUGGCCCAACUUACGAAGUUUAAGCUGCCAUUUUUUGGUAGAUAAAUGGAAAGUAUUUCAAUUAAAUAUACAAUUCAAUUAUGUAUACCUUCUUUUUAGUUAACCUUGUGCCUGCUAAUUAAUACUAUAAAAUACAAAUCUAGUUAAUCUGUGGCACUAUUUGAUAUGAAUAAUUCUAAGAAUUAUUAUACUUAUAAUCCAGCCCAGAAGGAUAUUCAUAUUUAUAUAUAUGAUGUUAUGAAUUGCUUUUAAAAUUUUGAUUAUUUUAUUUUUUAUUGAAGGAACCACAAAAUGCGUUUGUGUAUAUUCAUGAGUUAUAUUUUUUGUUCAUCUAUCAAAAUGGUGAUUAUAUAAAAAUGUAUCGUGUGUGAGUGAACAUUAAAUAUCGCCAUUUAUUAAAUAUGAGAGUACCUCAAACACGCUAUUGUUGUGUACCAUGUAAGUUUUACCUUGUCUGUUGACAGUUUUAAAAUACUUAGUUCUAGUAUUAAAUAAUCAUGAAGGUUAAGUUUAUGCUAUAUUGUUGUACAAAAAUUGUUGAUAUUCGUUACAUGUAAAUAAACUGAUCAAUCAUCACAAACAC